AGCAGAACAAACAUUGGAGCCUGGCCAGAAAAAUCCUUUUCAUACAGCCACCUCCUUCCCCUCCUUUUCCUAGAUUUGAAAUUACUUUACACAAUACUGUAUCUUCCUCUCUCAGAUCCCUUAAAUCAUAGCUCACUGAAAUCUCAGCCUGAACUGUUGGCAAGUAAACGACAUGUCUGGUGGCAAAUACAUAGAUGACGAGGGUGUCCUGUACACUACGCCUAUUAUACGAGAUCAAGGGAACAUCUACAAACCCAACAACAAGACCAUGGCUGAUGAGUACCUGAGUGAGAAGGCUGAGCGUGAUGCCCACACCAAGGAGAUUGACCUGGUCAACAGGGACCCCAAACAUCUCAAUGACGAUGUGGUCAAGAUUGAUUUUGAAGAUGUGAUUGCCGAACCUGAAGGAACACACAGUUUCGAUGGCAUCUGGAAAGCCAGCUUCACCACAUUCACCGUGACAAAGUACUGGUUUUACCGCCUGCUGUCGACACUCUUUGGCAUACCGCUGUCACUCAUCUGGGGCAUUUACUUUGCCAUAUUAUCAUUCCUCCACAUCUGGGUAGUGGUGCCAUGCAUACGAAGCUACUUGAUCGAGAUUCAGUGCAUCAGCCGAGUCUAUUCCAUCUGCAUUCACACCUUCUGCGACCCACUGUUUGAGGCGAUUGGAAAGGUCUUCAGCUUUGUUCGAAUAACCCUUCGCAAAGAAGUAUAGAGGGCAUAGGUGAACAAGGUGUCAUUGUCCAUUUGUCAGUUUUUGAGCACUGGCAUAACAUCAACGAAUCACUAGAUUAGUUUAUAUCCAGAUAUUUAUCCUUUCAGAAUUGUUAUUGUCAUCGAGAGGCCUGUAUGUUGUGAAACAGACCUGAUCUUGUCUCCGCCACGUGUGAAAUACUGUAUUUUUUUAUGUUCCAUCCAUGUAAAAUGUAACCUGUACAAUGGUGCAGCACAGUGACUGAGAAAAACUACAAUAUAAUUCUGUGUGUACUUGUUUUAUUUUGUUGAAAUGUAUUGAGCUUUUGCAGGGGAGAGUACAAUACAACUUGGCAAGUUUCUAACCGAAUGUUCUCCCCAUUGUAAUAUCAGCUAACUGGCGUAGUUUAUUUUGACUGCAAGCACAGACCUGGAUAAAUCAGGGAUUAUGUAAUAUGUAAAUAGCUUUUAGCAUUAUCAACUCACACAGACACACGCAUAUAUAGAGAGCUCUGAUUGAACAAUCAAAGGGCAACAAAGAGCAAAAAACUGCGUUACAUACCAAGGGUUAAUAGAACAGCGCACCUUUAACAAAACAGUUUUUUAAAGUUCUUUAAUUCUGUCUGACCUACAUUGUCAUCAGUGAAAGAGUGUUAGUCUUAAAAAGAUUAAGCAAACCAAGUGAAUGAUAAUAUAUAUUUUUUACAUGAUUUUUCUCGAAAAUACAAAGUGUUUCUAUAUGCACAUAUUACUAAGAAACAGCCUUAAAACUUUAAAGGAAUUGUUUCAUGCAGAACCUUUAAAUCUUGUAGAAUUUUUUGUGAAACAUACGAUAGCCAAAGAACUCUUAAAAGUGAUCCAAGGGGUAACUAAACCUUCUUUUAAUGUAUAUUUAAUAUAUUUCUACAAAGUAUCAGCUUCCGCUAAGAAAUAUAUGUGUGUAUACAUAUACUGUAUAUAGACAUAUAUACAUACAUUUAUAUACAUAAAAUUUUUAUAUUACUCGAUUUUAUCAGCUUUUAUUUGAGACUCAGCAGGGGAUUUUCUGCGAAAUAAGGCAUCUUGCGUGAAAUAUUAAUGAGCCCCCUGAAUCAAACCCAUAAUUCUUUGCAUAUAACAUCCACAUACACUGAAAGCAGAAGUUGGCUUCUAUUUUUACAUCUCCCUGCUAAGUUCUUUGUUUAGACCCAUGCAUUUCUACAUAGCCUGUUAAACAUGCAGAGACAAUAAAGUUUUCAUUGUUAGCUUGACAUUCUUUAACCUUUAACAAAAACCUACCAAACAUUUCAAGUGAAACAAAAAAUCAAUUCUCUAAAGCUAUUGUAAAAAUAAACGCCUGUUAUAAUGUUACUAAGCCAGCUUGUUUAAUAUAUAUUUGGUAUUUUAUUUUUUAUAUGUUUUCACAUUUUGUGUGCUUUUCUGUUACACUAGAAAAUAUAUAUAUAUUGUAUACAUUUACAGACCACUGCUUGAUCUAUAAGCUUAUGUUAGUCAUAGUACCAUACGUUAUCACUUCUCUGAAGUCUUUUUUUUUCUGUAUAAAUCUAGCACUAAAAGCUGUGUUGCUAUAUACUGUCCUUAUGUACUUGCAUACAUACAGACAAUUCUGUGAUUGGAGUUGAUUGGACCCAAUGAUAUUCUAUGAGCCAACACAUCAUUUAAUCCACAGCCGUGUUUUAGAUUCACAUGAAUUCUGGCUAUGUUUUAGCAUUAAGGUUUUAUGAUGUGUUACAUAUGUAAGACGUUUCUAACAAAUAUUAGCUAUCAAUGGGAUAUAUUCACCUAUAAAAUGUGAGUUUGUGCACAGCUUAAUUACAGAGUAUUUGUUUGUAUUGCAAGCUCCAGAAACAAAAUCCAAGAAUGUUUUAGGAAUCUACAAAGUUAAGAAAAUACAAUUUUUCUGAAAAAAUUA